UAAGAUAAAAGCCGCCAAACCGAGGACAAAGAAAAAAUAUUUGACAUGUCAGUUGUCAAUGUUAAGAUUAAUGAUUAGUGAAUGUGUUAGAAAAAUGUGAUGUCUAAUAUUAUACUAUAGUUAUCAAUGUUUAUGUGUUUCUUGAAUGUAUUUUGACGUUCAUAUGUUUUUAUCUAAAUUGUCGAGGUUAAUUUAUUGUAUAUUUUCAAUUAUUAUCAAACAAAUAAAAAAUGACUACUUUUAUGGGAAAAGUCUCACACAUAAUGUCGUUGGCUAGCAGUAAAAAAGUUCUUGAGUACAAAAAAGCAAUUAAGUACCUAAUAGAGCUAUGGGAAGAUCAUUCAGAUACAGACAUACAAGAAAUUAGUAAUUAUUCCAAUUAUUUAUUAAAAUCUGGAAAUAAAAGGAAAGAGGAUCAUUACUCUUGGAAUGACAUUUUCAUUGUUGUUCACAAUUUAUUUGAAACUGAAAUUGUACGAAUCAGCAAACUUGCUGGAGUAAAUUCUGGCACUUUAGACAAGGAAAAAAUUACAAAACUAUUAUUUUGUACCUCAGACAAGGCCAAUUUUUAUUUGAAACCACAGACAGUAAUAAAUUCAACAAUAAGCAUCUUGCACUAUGAUAGAGCUCAGAUAUUUUCAGAAUAUUAUGAAGUUUAUUUAAGUAUAUUGAUAAAGCAUGUGCUUCAAGAAAGAUCACAGUGUAUAUUUAUACCAUUUAGCCAGUGGCAAGAAUUAUUAGAUGUAUGCAUAAUUAUUUUAAAACGUAAAAUUCAAAAUUUGAACUAUGUUACACUUCUAGAAACAGUAGAACUUGUAGUCAGACAUGGAUGUACAUUGUCCAAUUUAUCAUUUGAAACAAAAAAGCUUUUGCCUACCAUUGGUGAUCUUUUUGAAAAUUACCAGUCAUAUAACAUAAAAUCAACAGAUAUUUUAUUCAAAUUGUGCUUUACUGUGUGUCAACAAAUUGCCAUUGACAGUAGAUAUAUACUUAUUGUAUUUUCUGAAAGUUUACCGCUAUCUAUGAUUGAAGUCAAGGGACCAGAAGAAAAAUAUCAAUUAUAUCUUCUUUUUGUACAAGCACAUCACCCUAAUGGUGCUAUUUUAGGAGACGAUAUAAGUCAUGUUUACGAUGAAGAAAAGUGGAAAGCAAUCUUGCAUUUACUGUAUAAAAUGGUUUUAAAAGACAUAAAGCUAACAACUUUGUCAACAAAUCAUUUAGCACUGGCGUGUGAAGUUUUCAGACAAAAAACAUUUAUAAAACUACCUCCAAGUUCAACGCAGUCUUAUAUGCUUCAAGAAAGUGCAUACAUUCAACCUCGGAAAAAAAGGCGUAUUUCUAAUAGCGAGUCGGAGGAAAAAUUGAUUGAUUUAGUCAAUGAUAGAGAUCCUGAACGAGCCUGGCCAAUAAUUCAAAUAGCCGCAUGUCUUUAUAAAAAAUAUCCAGAUUGUUUGAUAUUCCAUGAAGGUCUUGAGUUUCUUGAAAUCAUUGUCAAACUAAUGAGUCAAGCUAAAGCUUUUGCAAUCAUAGAAAGUAUAUGUGAGUUGGCCACAGUAAUCGCUCAAAAUAAUAACAUACACAAAGAAGAUGAUUUGAAAAGAUUCUGGGACAAAAUAUGGGAUUCAGCACUCAGGUAUCUGAGUAUGAGUCACAAAGACGUAGCAGAAAAAGGUUGCACAUUAGUACAGAAUCUCAUCUAUUAUAAAAGAAUAUCUAAUCCAGAGUCAAUUUUAAAGUUAUUUACAACACAGUCCAUUCAGAAAUCUAGCCAUUCCAUCCGAACUCUGGAAGUAUUUUGUCAUAAUAAUGUUUUGCCAAAUUGUGAAUUAAAUACUAUACAUUUGACAAAUAAUAGCUUGAAGUUGCAAUUGAUGCAAUGGAGUCUCCAUCCAUUUCCAAAACGAUUCACUAGUCCUUUGUCUAUUGAAAAUUUCAGUAAAUUGUUAAUAGGUUUUACAUUAAAAACGUGGUACAAGCAAAAUAGAAGAACUUUACAAGUAGACUGUAACGAUGAAUACUACAUAAAUAUGGAACAGAAUUGUUACGAAAAUAUGCAAUCGCUAACGAUAGAUAAAAUUGAACAGUGUUACUUGUCACUAAAUUUGAAGACAAGUGUACCAUUUGCAUCGAGGAUCAACAAUCUAGUUCAGAUGUGGGAUGAAACAAUUCUCGAUAAUCCAUUUAAUUCAAAAGAUCUGGAUUAUUUAGUAAAUAACUUGUUACAAAUAGUGAAAACUGACAAAGCUGAAAAAGAGUUGAAUACAUUCAUUAUGAAAACUGCACUUAUCGCUGUCGUAAUCUCGGAUUUGAAAGCAAUGAACAUGAUCAAGAGCACUUUAGAUGAAUUUUGCCUAGUGACAGAGUUGCAAACCUGUUUAUCAAAAAUUAUGAAUGAAAUGAAAUGUAUUUCUUGGUCAAAAUAUAUAAAACGUACCUGUCAUUAUGUAUUGGAAAUAACAAAAGCUUUAAUUUUGUUAUAUCAAACGAAAUACGACGCUGAAGUUAACAGUAUUAUAAUAAAAGCAACGGAAUGUGAUUUUGUAAAAAAACUGUAUGAGAUUAGAAAAUUCAAAAAUAGCGAGUCAAAUACAUUACAAGAAUGUCAAAUAAAUGUAAUGAUAGUGUUAGCCUUAUUUAGUUGCAUGGAAAGCGGAGGAAGUAUAACAGAUCUUCAAGUAAAAAUUGCAAGUUCACUUUUGAAAUUGGAAAAAUACAAUUUGCUCGUCGUAACCGAUGUCAUCGGUGUUUUGACUACAUUACAAAUAUUUUCGAAUAUUUCAGUCAAAAUGGUUACAGAUGAACUAAUGGAAUUACUGAUGGAUUUCAUGCUGGAAUUGUUUAACGACUGGCACCGUGAUGACAAAGUUACUCGCUAUUUGUUACAAUUAUUCCCCAAAUUUCUCGAUAAAAUUAUUUUGCUAUAUAAUAAGGUGCAUGUUCAUAAUAUAUUUUUAGUUUGCAAACAUUAUCACAAUAAAUUUUUAAAAGGGGAAUUUGGACAAUUAGUUCAUCUUUCACUGGUUACAUGCCUUAAUAGUAUCAUCAAGCAUACUACUUUUUCAUAUGAUGCAGAAGAAAAUGUUUUGAAUGAUGAUAUAUUCAUAACAUUUAUAAAAAGUUCAUAUUAUCUUGUGAGAUUAGAGAGUUUGAAGUGUAUUCAUUCUAUAUUUUCAUCAAAGAAGAUCGCUGACUUUUGGAAACAAAGUUUUUUUGACAAACUAAAGGAUUCCGUUGAAAACAUUUUUGUUAUACAAAGAGAAUUAAGUGUUGAUGAAAUUCAGGAAGAGCGAUUGAUGCGAAGUAUUAGUGUGAUGCAAAUAUUGACAACUAUUAUCUGCAGUCAGAGUAUUUUUCAAAGUUCUGUACUAUUAACUUUGUCGCAAGUAAUCGUUGAUAAAGGUAUUGAAACAAACAUCGUACUAAGAACUCUUCAAGCAAUCAAUGCUUGUGGCUUUUCUUUCAAGAAAAUAAUUGAACAUAAUCUCAAUUACAUCUUGACUGAUUGGUGCCAAAAUAGAAAUUUAGACACUUUUCCAUUUAUCUUACUAAAUUGUUUUGAUGCAUUGGAAUUUCACGAUAAAUAUGCUCAUGUUAUUUUCCCCGUAUUGAUUCGCGGGGGAAAGUUUGAUGAGUCUAUGGAUUUCUGUCGAAUAAUAAAAGCUACUUUCCGAGAUCUUUUCAAAAGUUGUAGCCCAAAUAUUAUACCAUGGGCGACAUCAGACGAAUGUCCGGGUAUACUAGAACAGAUGCAAAAUAAUGACGGAUAUUUUCAACAAAUUGACAACCUUUCAGAACUUGUACGUGAAAAUUUACAACAAAUUAUAAUUGAAACAGUUCAAAGACUUCAUGAUACGCAACACUUUUAUGUUACGUUCAAAACGACCAUCAGUUUACCUAAGCGAGAUCCUCCAUACUACAAAUACAAUGUUGUGGAUCAAUGCUUUGAUCAUUUAAUGCAAAUACUAUCAAAUACCUCGAGGGAAACAGUAUUUAAUUACAUAAUAACGCGACAGCCUAGUAUAAUCCAAAAAAGUUUAUUACAAUUGACUCGCAAUAUUUAUACGAGCAGUACAACGGAAUUUAAAGCUAUCUCUUUACAUCAGUACGUCUAUUUCUGUGAAAAGAUAAUUUCAGACUUGAAGGAAAGUCAUUGUGAUAUUGUGGCGUUGUAUUUUAUUAAAGACAUUGUUUCAACAUUGAUACACUUGGUUAAAGAAGAUGAUGCGUUUAUUGUUCAGCUUGCUGGCAAAUAUUUACUCGUCUUCCUUGAAGAAAUGCUUCCAAAUAGAAGUGCACAGCUAGUACAAAUUUUCGAUUUUUGUGUGAAGCAGCUUGUGCCUCUAAUUCAGAAGCCAAAUGGAAGAUCUCUAGUUAAAGUUGUUCUUGAGUUUUUUCUUGAUGAUCAAAAAGAAUGUUUUGCCGAAGCAGUCAAUAACUUGGCUUGCUUACUAGAUACUACUCAAUUAGGCAACUAUCGACCACAUCCAUCCAAGAUAUUACAAAAUAAUCUUGUACAGUUUUUGAGUGCAACUGACGAUCAUAACUGUAGCAUCAAUAGCCUUUUACAAUUAAAACAGCAGUUGAGUACUAAAAAAGUCGAUUUAGAGAAGCUCUACGACGAGUUAGAAUCGAGUCAAGGUUUUGCCGAGGACUGUGUUAUAAGCUUGCUUCACAAACUUAUUUAUCGGCUAAUUCAGCUCACUAAAUCUAAAGAUGAUAAAAUCUCAUUAGAAGCGGCUCGAUGCCUCGGUGUACUCGGACCUACUAAUCUUUUCACCACAAUUCUACAUCCUCAGGAGACGCCGAAAAAAGAAACCGACAAAAUUGAUGUUUUAACGCACAAACUUUGUCAGAUUUUAGCAGAUUUGAUCGUAAGCUCUGACAUUGAGCUACGUACAGUUAGCAGUGAUAUUCUUUACAUUUUGUCAGAGUAUGUUUGUCGAGAAAACUCUGAAAACUUACAGGACUUUUUGUAUCUUUUCAGAAGUGCUCACAAAAGAAAAAUCUCUAGAAAAACAAUAAAACUAAUAAUCGACCUAUCGAAAUUGGAUCAAGCAUUUUCAUUUAUUCGAUGGACUGAGGAGUCAAAAAAUCCGUACAAUAUUUGGAUAGCCGACGUAACAUCUGAAGUAGCAAAGCUUCCUAUGGGUCUUUAUAGUGAAAGUCUUAUACCACUUUUCAAACUCAAUGUACAAAGCUGCGAAGUGGCGUUGCCACGUUUAAUUACCAUUAUUGUUGAAGCAGACUGGAAUCUGAGUACAACAAUAUGCCGCAGUAUCAAUGACUUUUUUCAUUACCAUUUUGGUCAUAGCCUUAGAGAAGAUGAAACUCCAAGUACUGUGUUACAGAAGAUGCAGAAUAGUACAGCACGCGACGCUGUAUGGUGCGUUUUAAAUAUCGUAAAUUAUAUGCGCAUACAAACUGAUGAGAAUGUGAUAUUGAAUUUUGAUUACUUAACAAUAUCAAUAGCUGCACAAUUUUGUUCGGCUUAUUUUUCUUCAAUUUUGUAUGCUGAGCUAUGGUGUCACUCCAAGUUGUCGAAUUUUCGUGAUUUUGAUAGCAUACCGAUAAUCGAACAAAUUUAUGAGCAGGUGAUGAACGAGGGAAAGACAGCACAGGAUGUAAUGAGAGAAGCUUAUAUGAAGAUUGGUGAUUCAGAUUCUAUACAUGGUUGUGGUUCCUCUCACUUACAAAAUCGUGAAUCCAAAAUAUGCUAUUAUACAAACUUUCAAAAGCUCGACAAGCUUACGUUAUCGCAUGAUGUCGAAUGUAGUAUUGGUUAUAAAGUUUCUGAGAAAGGCCUGAUAACUGCUUUGAAAGCUUCAAGUCAUUACUAUCUGGCAAAUCGUUUGCUGGCCAUGCCAUCUCUCACAGACCCUAUGGAAGAUUUACGCUUUGAUUGCUAUUGGAGGUUAAGUGAUUGGAAUCAAGUAAUAAAUUACGAUAAACCUGUUUCUAGAAGAAAGGCGGGACAUUUUUCAGAGUCUCACUAUUAUGCGUUACAGUGUUUGCAUGAAAAUAAUAAAAGCUCUCUAGAUGCAUUCCUUGAACAAGCUCAUUUUUGUGUGAUUAAAGAACUGAACAAUAUUAGCUUAGAAAGUUGUAAAGCUAUUUAUCCAAAACUUACGAAAUUGCAAAUGCUACGUGAAAUUGAAGAAUUCAGCGAAACUGACCCAAAAGAUUAUAAUAUUUUGUUCAAAAAAUGGGGAAAAGACAAGUACUUUUGUAAUAACAAUUUUCAAUUUAUUGAACCGAUUCUCACUCAAAGAACAGUAAUUUUUCAAAUCAAAGAAACUAUGAAACGCCGAAACGAUAUUCAGAAUGCUUUCAUCGAUACUCAGUAUCAAAUUGCGCAAUUGGCUCAACAAGAAGGAAAUUUUAAUGUAGCUACUCGAGCUUUAGAAAUAGUAUCGAAAGAAAAGGAUCUAGAUUUGCUGGAUGAGUGCUACUUAAAAUAUCAUGAAGCACAGUUAGCAUUGAAAAGAAAUGACGAAGAUAUGGCAAACUAUAAUCUUCGAAGUAUCAUAAAAUCUGAAUUCACAGAUCCAAGCCUUCUUGCGCAAGCUUUACUUAUGUAUGGUAAUUGGAUUGCUGAAAAUAAAUCAGAAAAUCCUCAGGCAAUUGUUAGUAAAUAUUACGAAAAAGCUCUUGCUUCCUACUCAAAUAUUAGCGAAUUAAGCUCGGAUGAUCUAAAGGGCCAAUGUAAAACUUUCGCAGCCUUAGCAGAAUUUACUCAUGAACAGUAUUUAAUAAUUAGUGAGUAUAUGAACUCGUCAACAUUUGAGAGUCUACAAGAGUGUAUAGAUUAUUCGCGAAACGUUAAUAAUAAAUCAAAAGACAAAACUGAUGAUGACGUAAGAAAGGCAUUUGGUUUAACUAUCAGGCAGGGUCGUAAUGAUUCUAUUGAAGUUGAAAAUAUAAAAAAGGAUAGAGCCAUGUAUUUAUCUCAUGCUCUUAGUAACUACCUAUUAACUUUAAAAAAGAGUGACGACCACGACUUUUUGAUCUUUCGAUUAGUUUCUUUGUGGCUGAGCAACGGCAACAUGUAUGACGAACAAGUUAAUAAUAUUUUAAAGGGUCAAUUAGAAAUGGUGUCUUCUUACAAGUACAUACCUUUAGUGCCUCAAUUGGCCCCACAUAUGAGCAACGUUGAAGAUAUAUUUACAAACACAAUCAACAAAGUGUUAAGACGCUGCGCUCUUGAUCAUCCAUAUCAUACCUUACCAGUUCUUCUUGCACUUAAAAAUCUCCACAGUGAUUCCAAGUAUUACUAUAAAAAGAAUGUUAAAGUGGAAGCUCGAGUACUAGGAGGACAAAUGCUUAUCGAACAACUUCUUUCUACUAGCAUUGGACCUAUUAUUCAAGAAAUGGAUCGAAUUUCCGAAGCACUUGUUGAACUCGCUUAUUACGAUACUGAAAGAAAAAAAGUUGCUGUACCGAAAUGUUCAAUUCCAAGAAAUUUCCUAAUUAAUACAAUAAAAGACUUUAAGCAUUCUCUAGUACCUACUAUAAAUUUAGAGAUCAAAAAGACCAAAAAAUAUUCAAACAUUGUAACUAUCAGAAAGUAUGAAUCAAGUUACGACAACGUUGGCGGAAUGAAUGCCCCAAAAAAAAUUGUUUGCUUUGGAUCUGAUGGAAAAGAAAGACCACAAUUAGUAAAGGGUAGAGAUGAUUUACGUCAAGAUGCUGUAAUGCAGCAGGUCUUCACCGUUAUGAAUUCAUUACUCAAAAGUAAUAAAGAUGCAAAACAGAGAAAGCUUUAUGUUCGAACAUACAAAGUUGUCCCUCUUACUCAAAGAUCUGGUGUUUUAGAAUGGUGUAUUAAUACUCUGCCUUUGAGCUAUAUUCUAACAGGCGAUGGAAAACGAUUUCCUGGGCUUCAUCAAAAGUAUUUUCCAAAAAACUAUUCACCAUCCGAAUGUAGAAAAAAAAUGGCAGGAGCCAAAGGUGAUAAAAUAUUUUCUAUUUUUAUGGAUUGUUGUAAAAAUUUACCUCCAGCUUUCCACUAUUUCUUCACUGAAAAUUACUUGUCUCCUGAAAUAUGGUUUGAGCGUCGAAUGGCUUACACUAGAAGCGUGGCUACAACUUCCAUUAUUGGCUAUAUUCUAGGAUUGGGGGAUAGGCAUGUUUCAAAUAUUCUAAUUGACAAUUCAACUGCAGAAGUCAUUCACAUUGAUUUUGGGAUAGCAUUUGAGCAAGGUAAAGUUUUGCCUACACCAGAAACAGUGCCAUUUAGGCUCACAAGGGAUAUCGAAGCAGGAAUGGGUGUUAGUGGUGUAGAAGGAACAAUGAGGCGUUCUUGUGAAGAAACUAUGACUGUACUAAGAGAACAAAAAGAAAUAAUUGUUACUUUGUUACGAGUGUUACUGUAUGAUCCACUUUAUUCGUGGGCUAUAACACCAGCCAAAGCUGCAACUUAUCAGAGUGAACAUUCCACGCGAUCUAACGAAAAUAAAGAUAAUAAUACGCCAGUUGGAAUUGCAGAAACAAAUAAAUUAGCAGAAAGAGCUCUUUUACGUGUACAACAGAAAUUGCAAGGGAUAGAAGAAGGUGUAAGUUCAAGUAUUCCCGGUCAAGUAACAAGACUUAUUCAGCAAGCUCGUGAUCCAGUUAAUUUGUGUCGACUUUUCGCAGGCUGGCAAGCUUACUUGUAAUAAGUAUUUUUUAUACUCUACUUUCGAUAAAUGUACGUUAUUUAUAUUAGUUAAAUAUUUUCAUAGUUUCGCAAAACGUUCAUCAACGCUGUUUUAAUAUCAUCAAAUAUUGUUCAAAAUCAUUGUAAAUUCA